AUGAACCACAUCACUCUUUCAGACGAUGGCCAGACUGCCACGAUUGGCGGGGGCGCAAAUGUGAAAGAUGUCGUGGAUACACUUACUCGAUUAGGAAAACGAACUGUAACCGGUAUCUGUGAACUCGUCGGAUUCUCCGCGCCCGCUCUCGGGGGUGGUCAUGGUUGGCUUCAGGGCCAAUAUGGACUCAUGGCCGAUCAGGUACUUUCCGCCCGUCUCUUGCUGCCUGCUGGUGAACUGGUCACUGUAUCGGAGAAAUCGUAUCCGGAUUUAUUUUGGGCCAUUAGAGGCGCGGGACAUAAUUUCGGGUUGGUGAUGGAAUGGGAGUAUUGUGUUUAUGACGAUAUUGCCCCGGAGGCGAAUAGAUUGUUGCGAGACCAACCAGCGGAGCUAGUUCAUUGGGGAUAUAUUAUCAAGGUUGCAGAGAUUGAUUCAGAUCAUCCGGUACUGUGGUUCGGUAUCAUCUACAACGGCUCCCCCGAAAUAGCCAAUCAAUAUGCCAAACCAUUUCAUGACAUCGGGCCACUUAGUGUACAGACUGGUCAGGGAUCACUACACGAUCUUGCCGUCGUCACGUUCCAAGACGCCGAUGGUCCAGGAUGCGCUUACGGAAUGACAUCCCUCCGAUACCCCAUCGGAUUAAAAUCAUACAACGUGACGGCCGUUAGACAAGUAUACAAUGAGAUCGACUCAACAUUCCGCAAAGUUCCAGAGAUAGCUGCCAUCGAUGCAGCAAUCACGGCGUUUCCGCACCGAGAUGAUAAUAUCUUGGUUACAUCGUACGUCAUGUAUGCGCCUGACUCGAACAUCGACCCGAAAGCAAAGGCAUUUGGGGAAAAGCUUCGAAAAUACUUGUUGGAUGGAAGUGACGAUCCAGAACAUCUCCGCGCCUACGUCAACUAUGCCGAUGGCGAUGAGUCUUUACAGGCGAUCUAUGGGUGGGAGGCAUGGAGAUUGGAGAAAUUGAAGAAACUUAAACCUCAGUGGGACCCUACGAACAUCAUGCGGUAUUAUGUUCCUAUUGAACAGAACAUCAAUUAG